AACGUUGUUCACUAGUGGAAAGUAAAUCGGCAUAUAUUUUCUCUCCAUUCUCUCGCCGAUAGAAAUCUUGUUGUUUCAAGAAGAACAACGACAACAACAAUCAGAAGAACGAAGAACUUCAGAAAUGGGGGAAGAACAAGAUGAUUCCCAGAGGCUUAAGAGGGCAGCGGCAGCAUCAUACGACUACGAGAACGAUCCCAGAUGGGCUGAUUAUUGGUCCAACAUUUUGAUUCCUCCAAACAUGGCGUCUCGCCCUGAUGUUGUUGAUCAUUACAAGCGCAAGUUUUACCAGAGAUACAUCGAUCCUGAACUUGUAGUAGAAGCCAUGUCUUCAAGUAGUUCAACUCAGUCAUCUAGACCUUCAGCAACAUCUUCCGCAGCACCCCCUCCUACUAAUGAUCGAAGUCGACCACGAAGUUCAGGAUCAACUUCUAGGACUUCAGGUACAUCUGCAAGUGGAGAUGCUAAUCCAACUCCAUUGCGCUGGGAUCGACAAACAAUUCAGUUUUCUGUCAAUGCAUGGGUGUUUAUUGUGGCUGUCCUGGCAAUUUUCCCCCUAAUACCCAAAAAUCUUUCACAUAGGGCAUACAGGCUAUCUUUUAUGGGCACAACUUGUUCUUCUUUAUAUUCUUUGUACUCGUUGUAUGGAAAGCCCAGGGCGUGGAAUUUGCAAGCACUGCAAGCUUAUUUCCAGUCGAUAAUUGGAACAAAAGAUUUCAUUUACUUCACCUACUGUAUCACCUUUGUGACUUCAAAUAUUUGUCUUAAAUUUGCUUUAAUUCCUAUCCUAUGUCGGUCACUUGAACAUGUUGCAAAGUUUCUUAGGCGUAAUUUUGCACGUUCAUCCUUAUACAGGAAAUAUUUGGAAGAGCCUUGCGUAUGGGUGGAGUCAAAUUCAACUACUCUCAGCAUUCUGUCUUCGCAGGCUGAGAUUGGACUUGGCUUCAUUCUUAUCAUCUCCUUGCUCUCGUGGCAACGCAACUUCUUACAUACAUUCAUGUACUGGCAGUUGCUAAAGCUUAUGUAUCAUGCUCCUGUCACUUCUGGGUAUCACCGUAGCGCGUGGACCAAUAUUGGGAGGGUUGUUUCGCCGCUUAUCUACCGUUAUGCCCCGUUCCUCAAUACUCCACUUUCGAUGGCACAAAGAUGGUGGUUCAGAUAGAAUAGAUGAAGAAGAUGCAACUCUGAUGUAUGAAAAUUUUUUAGACUAAUCCAGUAGUGACUCUUUCCUUCCACUUUUUCAAGCUAAAAAUUGGUGUCAAAAUGUCUUGAAAAGCAUUCCUAUAACAUGGAAUGGAUGACAUUCUCACUUAGGUCUGUGGAUCAAGUUUGGGUUCCAAAUGCAACUUCUUAUAAAUUUACGAUUGACAUACAUUAGGAGAUUGUUAUGUUUGGAAUGUGGAUUUUCUAUCCUGCCUGAGGUUUCUCAUUGUGAUGGAAGGAAGGUUAUUUCUUUCAUUUUGUAGACUUCAUGUCAAACUACUUAAUAAUUAUUGAGAUUCUAAAAUUAGAUCUUUGGAUCACAAUUAAAA